AGCAUUCGAAAAAGAAACGCUUUUUAAUCGCAAUCGAUAUGAAAUCUAGAAUGAAGCAAUGAAUCACCUUGGCCACGAAAUUUUUGUUUAUACUCAAUCAGACUAGUUGACCGCUAGAAAUUCAAUCGAUUCCAAGCGUACAAGAUCACGGCGGACAUUUUUUUUCGCUUAUUCCUAGAAAAUUUGCAAUAUGUCUGCUAAAAUGCCUCGUGCUGUUUCAGCAAAAUUGCCAAAAACCGUCGCUUCAUUCAAAACAAACACGAAAAGAUCAAGUGUACAGAGUGCUGAUAGUAAUCGCAGCGUUUUAGCUCCCAGCAAUAAUUUAAAAGUUCGACCAAAGACGGCGUGGAGAAAGAGUGAUUUGGAACGCGUUCAAGCGGCCAAUCAGAUUUUGACGAAAGAAGAGAAACAACGACAACUGGAAAAGAAUGAAGCCGAAAUACGGAGACUUGAAUUGGAAAGCCAAAAUCGGAAGCGAUCGUUGCAAGAAUUGGACAUGAUUCGAGAUGAAAAGCUGGGCAAACAUCAUGAUCCGUUUGCAGAAGAGAAAGCCGAACAAGAAUCAAAGCUACUGGAUCGUGCAAUUUUAGCGAAACAUGAACAGGAAGAUGAAGUUAAACGAGCAAAUAAAAUCAUCUUGGCCGCCAAAGUACAUGUACUUCAGGACGCGCAAAUUAAUGAGAAAAAAGAAUUGGAAAAAAUGUGGCGUGAAAAAGAGUUGCGUUUAGAGAAAAUGAUGCUAGAGGAAGAUGCAAAAAAGUUGGCCGAACAAAAACGAAAAGAGCAAGAGUGGAAGGAGCUGCGGGAUAAGUAUGCAAACGAAUUGAAAGAAGGUUUGAAAAAUCGUGAAAUAAAGAAAUUAAUCGAAGCGGAGCGCAUCGAAAAUGAAGCACAAGCAAUAGCCAUGGCACAGCUAAUUUUGAAAGCCGAAGAGAAGGCCAAAGAGGAAGCAAGACGCGAACGAAAAACGCAAAUACUCAAAGACUUUAAAGAUACCAUUUCGGCGUCAGAAGUAUUCAAAAGAAGAGCCGAAGAGCAAAAGCGUGAAGCCGAAAUGAAAGCUCAAGAGUACAUGCGACAAAAGGCCGAACGAGAAAAAGAGCUGGAAAAAGAACGAAAAUUGCAACGUGAACACAAACAGAAGGAAAUCGAUCGUAUUUUAGCUCGGCAAAAAGAAAUGCUCGAAACAAAACAGGAAAGCGAAUUGGCCAAUCUACGAAGAAUUCAAGAGCAAAAAGAACGGGAAUUCCGUAGAAAGGCCAUGGAAACAGCCGUUAAGCGAAAGCAAAUGGAAAAACAAGUGCUUGAAGCGCGUGCUGCUCAAAUUGAAGAAACUAAACGGUCCCGGGCGCAAAGAGAAGAGCUGGAAGCACUCGAACGCCAAAAACAAUUGGAAAAAAUAAAACAUGAAGAAGAAAAGGAAAAAGCCGUUAAAGAAAAAUCGUAUCAUCUCAGGGAAAAGUAUCGUGCAGAAAUCAUCACACAAAUUCAGCAAAAGUCAGAGAGUCGUAAGACCAACCAAAUCGAAAGUCAUCAAGAAUAUGAAGAGCAAAAGAAGAGAGAAGAGUGUCGUCAAGAGAACAUUCGAAAGGUUAUCGCAACAAAGGUGGCCGAGAUGCGCGAAUCCAAAAUACCAGAACACAUUAUACGCGAUGUUGAACGGCAACUCAAACUAUGCCAUGAUUAACUUUGAAUUGAAAAUUUCACUCAGUUAACCGAAUCACAAAUGAUUGUGCUGUAAUAAAUUUCUUCAUGCAUUUCUCGGCCGACUUAGUAGGCUGAUUGCAUUAAAAUCAAUUGUUUUAUGAUUGAUGUGACUGAAAAUUUCAACUGAUUCCUUUAUCAACAUCGAUUUUUAUUAUUCGAUGAACAUUUAUUUCAGUAGUUGCACACAAAAUCUCAAUCAACUAACUAUUUGCUACGUCUGCAGAGGAAAUUCCAAGAUCU